GUCAUACCGAUGACGCAAAGCUUAGAGGGCCGGUCUACCCGCGAGGAGACAUUGUCGAAUGGCGCCGUCUACGUCGGCCAGUGGAAGGGCAGCUCCCGCGAUGGCUACGGCAAGCAGACGUGGCCGGACGGGGCCUGUUACGAAGGCACCUUCGUAGACAACAAGGCCGCGGGCUACGGAAAGUUCGUGCAUGCGGAUGGCGACAUCUACGAGGGUGAAUGGCAAGAUGACAAAGCUCAUGGUCAUGGCAGGUACCAACACAUCGACGGCUCCACUUACGAAGGUGAGUGGGUCGCUGACAAACAGACGGGAGAGGGUGUCGAGUGCUGGAUCGACGGCUCCUCCUACAGCGGCCGCUACAAGGACGGCCUCAAGCACGGGCGGGGCACCUUCGUGUGGGUCGAUGGGUCUAAAUACAUCGGCGAGUUCGCUGCCAACGACAUCGAGGGUGAGGGCACCUACAUAUGGUCAGAUGGCAGAAGGUACACAGGCCAGUGGAGGGGCAAUCGCAUGCACGGGAGGGGCAUGUUCACAUGGCCGGAUGGGCGCGUCUACGAGGGCGAGUACCACGAGGACGUGAAGCAUGGGCACGGCCAUUUUAAAUGGCCCGACAACCGCGAGUACGUCGGUCAGUGGAAAAAGGGAAAGCAACAUGGGCGUGGGAAGUGGACCGAGUGCAACGGCGUCACAGGGGAGGGCGAGUGGAGCAAUGGCCACAAGGUCCGCUGGGUCGAGGCACCAAGCCAGCCCGUGGAGAGUGAG